AUUCAGCUUACUCCCUUGAGCUGGAUGGUGACCAUGACAAUGUUUACUAUUGGCAAGUUCCAUCUGGGAUGACUGAAUCAUGUUUUCUCGAUUUCUUAAUCGAAGUUGUGGUUGCAAUCUCCUUGGAAGAUGUCUCCAACCAGGAAACAGAACGAUUUCUUGAUCUCCUUAAUUGUACUUCUGAAACACUUCUAGAGUUAAAGAAACUCAACCACAAGCGCACGGAAUGGUAUAAAAGGGAUGACGAGAAAACUGCAUCCAUAUUACGCGCCAAGCUUGCUGACUUUGAACCCAUUUUACCUUACCCGUCCCAGGGAAACAUUACAAGGGUGUCUCUACGAAUAAACAACGAAACAGAUCCUUCCGGGGAGCUACGAAGAACGAUAAACCAAAGCCUCUGGAAUGAAGCAACAUUUUAUGCUGAAAGUGACGCAGAGGCUGAAAAGGAGGAAAGCCAAGAUUCUUGUCUAGAUGAUCUUUACUCGUCAGAUGAAGAUGAAGAAGUUGAGCGGGAAGUCCAGGCGACCCCGGAGAGGCCAUGUUAUUAUCCUUCUCAAAUAGAGAUGGCAGCGAUAUUAAAGAAACGAAUUGAUACCAUCAUGUCUCAUUACCACAGCAUUUCAAGAUUAAGGGAGGUCUUCAACGAUAUUGAAUUCGUAGUGUACACAGCCCGGUACAGAAUGCUGAGUGAUCAGACAGAGAAGAGGAUUUGCCAUCCUAACGCAGGUGUACUAUCAAGAGAAGAACUCGAAUCACGCAAACGUGACCGUGAUGGAAAGAAAAGGAUGUUCAUGUAUGUUCGUAGUGCAGAAACGGAUACGCAUUUUGAUGAACUCAAAAGAGAUGUUCAAGAAAAACCUCAGACACUGUUUGUCAUUGUAGCAGACGAAUGCCAUUGGGGAAUAACACGAGACAAAGAGAGAAAAUCCUCUGCCCAUAAUCUUUUCAUCAAUGAAUGGUGCAAAAAGGACCCUCCAAGAAAUGUGAUUGUUGUACAAAUCUCGGCUACACCUUUUAACCUCCUGACGAAGAACUCUCGCCUUCCCGUGGUUUCCUGCGUCCUUAUGAGAGACAGUGACGUUACCACUCUGAACGAACAGACAGCAGGCGAUCUUGUGGUGCAGAAGCAAGGCUCUAGCCCUAAAGAGCAUGUGCGAAACACCUCAAAGGAAGUAGAACUUCAUGUUAUCCAUUGGUCCGAGGUCGAACUUAAAAACUUUGAAAGUGGAAUGCGAAUGAAGCUCAAGUCAGCUUUGAUCACUGAAAACUCCCCGUACCAGUACCUUCAAGUCUCCACAAACGGAAAACUAAGUGUAACACCUGAGCGAGAUGAUGCGACAGUAUUCAUCAUCCAAGGCAGUCACGGCAUUGUUACUCUCAAAGCAGAACAAACACCUUCGAAGACCUUGACCGUCAUCAAAAAUGUCAACGGAAAUUUAGAAGCCAAGCAUGAUCCUCCAGAGCCAACAGAAUUUGAAGUUAAGCUAGAUUUUGGAGUAGGGGUGGUUGCAUUUUGUUCCUGCGACGGACAAGAUCACUACAUUUCUGUUGACGCGAAUAACUGCGUCAGUUUGCAAACCGCCAAAAUUGAGCGAAAAUGUGGUGUCUCUAUUAUGAAACCAAAACACGACCUGGCUAAAGUUUCUUUCCAAUUCUACCCUGAUCAGUCGGCACCAAUGCAGGUGAACACGGCUGGGAAGCAGUAUAUGAGUUUGAACUACUAUCUCAGCACCCUGAACAGUCCCAUCAAGAAAGACCAGAAAAUUCGGGAAGAUGAGACCUUUCAACAAAUUGUGGACAAGGCUAAGAGAGGGAGGAAAAUGUCACAGUCAGAUUCGACUUCCUUUCCAAUCGAUGCCUUGCUUUGUGCUGAUUACUGCUACCACAUUAUCCAUUCGAGUGUUUUCGAUAGUGGUGACAAGAUACGUGAGGCACUGACCCAAAGAUUCAAAGAAUCACCCGCAUCUGAAUUCCACAGUCGCCUCAAAUCAUUCAAGGGGAACCUUUAUUCAACAGACUUGGAAAGGUACAUUGACCCAGAGGCUUUCGAGCUAAUCCAAAAAGAUAUCUGUCAUAGAGUGAAACAAACCUUUCAAGAAAAUCUGAAACAAGUAGCCAAGUUGCAGAAACAGAUGUCACCUGACUGUGUUAAAUUACAGACAGCUGAGGAAGAACUAGCUACAUCAUUUGUUGAAUGCAUGAUGCAUCUUCCUCCCCAAGAGCUGGAAAAACUCGAACACGUUGGUGACGUUAAACAAACACUGCAAGAGUUUAAAAUGGUCGCAAAAUGGCACGAUCUCGUUCAAGCACAUGAAACACAUUACUUAGUGGAAGAUUUGAUUCAGAGCGGGAAAGGUGAUAAGGGAAAAAUGAAAAUUGUACGAGCCAAGACAAUGAGAACUGCUGACCAAUUUUACUACACGGUACAACUAGCGAGGAAAAUGUCACAUCUUGAAGAAUGCUUCGAAGUCAUUAGAGACUAUGGAGGAAUUCAGAUCGAGAACCAACUAAUGAAGUCGUCAAGUCCCUUUUUCAAAAAACUUCAACCAAAAACUUGCACCAAAAAGUUUGAUUGUAAUUGCAGUGAGCUGAAACUACAACUCAGACAGAAAUCGUGUGCCAAUUGUCAGCACGUACACAAAUCGAUAACGCAGUAUGAGGACCUGGAAAACCUGGCAUGCAUACUCAUUUUGGUCGAUAAAGGUCGCAUGGGUGACACAUUUCCUCAAAGCUUUGACUGUCUCGACUUGCGACUUAACUACGACAGCAGUCAAGAGUUUAAGGAGGGCUCAGCAAUGUAUCUGUCAAGUCUUAUUCAAGAGCUGGGAAGAAUGUGUCGUUAUGUGAAAGUUCCAACAAGUACGUUUCCUUAUGCAUUGGUUGGGCGACAGCUAUUCAAGAAACUCCAAAUGUCAUUGGAGACGUCUCCGUCAAUGAGUGCAACUAUCCGUAUUAAAGCAGACCGGUAUAUGACAACGACGCGCAAGGAAAAAGGGGCACAUUCCUCGUCACUGCGAUGGCUAGACUAUGAAGCUCAUAAGGACAGCUACGAUUAUGAAAACGAACAAACGCACUGCAACAGAAUACUUCUACAAGCCGAACCUCAAAUUGGCAAGACUGGAACGUACUUGUGCCUGAUAAGAGAUUUACGACUGGAUAUUUUAGGGAAGGAAAGAGUUUUGCUCACUUCACCCGCUGCAUUUGACGAAGGUUCCUUCUACCAGUGGAAGGAGAGAGAUGUUCCUGACGAGUCGGUUGUCAGAGAGAUGGACGAAUGGAAAGACUGGCAACUUCCCUUUUGGAAAACGAUCGAGACUUCUCCAAGCUUGCACGAAAAACCAGUUGGGACGGGAAAGUAUUCAAUAGGAGGUUGCUUUUACACUCAUGACAUGGAGGAAAUUCCAUAUAUUCUUCUGAAGGGAGAAAAGCAGAAGUUAGUUAAGACUGGUCAUCAACGCCUCAAAACUGACGAUUGUUCAAAUGGCCUCCGUGCCUGGCACUGGUACCAUUUCGAAAAAUGUGCUGAGUGUGGAAGACGUCUUCAAGGUAGAGAAUCUAUCCAAGAAAAUGCGAAGGUAGACAUUGAUGGUAUCCCAGUCACUGUUAGAUGCUCCCUGCCGAGCAAUUGUCCAUCAUUCGCACAGCUGAAAGAAUGGUCAAAGAGAAGUAAAUCCUUACAUGAUGAUCACACCCUGCCUUACUGGAUAUUUCAUCCUUCACACAGAAGCGAUCCAAAAAAAUGCACUCUAAAUUACCACCACGUAAUGAAAGACGAGGAAUUUGUUGCCAAUUAUUUCCAAGCUGUCGUUGUUCGAGGGGAAAAGUUCGAGGCUUACAGGGAAACUUGGGGAAAAGUGCUCGUCAUUCUACAACUGCCAGAGAAACUUCCAAACUGCGGCCUUGGACCGGAUGAAGGAGGAAUUGGUUAUGCCAGACUGUUUAUUCAAAAGUUCGCAUUUUCUUUAGAGCUUGAAUACAUCUUCAUGAUUGAUGACAAUAUGGCCAUGAUGUCUGAGGCAGAAUUUGCAACUGAUCAUAUAUCUGGAAAAGAAAGAAAAGUCCUCAGAGAUGACAAUGGGGUGAUGCAAAUGAGACGCGGUACUUUCCUAAAGCCUUUGAAAAGUCUUCAGAGAAUAAUGCAGGGAAAGGACACUCCACCAAUGGCUGACGGGGAAUACGAGUCUCAUCCUUUAAGACAUAAUUUUGAAGCGGAAGGUUUUCCACUGUAUACCUACACUGGUCCUGCGAAAUUGUUCGGCGAUAAGCAACAUGGGAGCUAUGGUAUUCUUGGUCUGAUGAGAAGUUUCCCAAAAGCGGUGCGUCCCUUUAUAAAGACCCAAGUGUACGCUGUAGUCUUGCUGAAUGUCAAAAGUACUGUGGAAAAAGGCAACUUUUACCGUCCAUGGCCAUGCUGGGAAGAUCUGCGCUUCAACGAUGAUUGUGACAAAGCAGGUCUAUGGGUUGUUAAAUGCAACCGUUACUCCUUCUUCAAAGUUCAGUACAAAGACUGGAUUGAAAACUUAGUCCUCCCCCAAAUCUUCCCUUGGGAUGAAAAUUGUACGAUCGUGGAGGGACCACUUCAAAGCGAGUUACCUGAAGACCUGGAAGAGAAAAUUAUCCUGGAGCACCUUAGCCGCUUUGUGAACACGUGUGGUCCUGACAAGUGUUUCAAAGGAAGCAUCGGAUGUGAUCGACUGGAUCAAAGAGAGGAAUCUCCCCUUCGCAUUGUUGAAAUACUCGAUGCAGACAUAGUUACAAAAGAAGACUUCGCUCGAGGAGUUUCGUUCCUGGUUCUCUCCUACAGUGCAGAAAAUCGGAGGAGAGAGACCCUAUAUCUCCUUGACUUAUAUUUCUGUAAAACUAAGGAGAAAAUUGUCUUCGUUGCCACUGCCGAGGAAGCAAAGAGGCGGUGGCCUCAGUUGACUAAACACAGCUUAUCAACCGAGAACGGUAUUUGUCACAACGCCGAGAUGAGUGAAAGAAAUGCGCAAUUUGCUAUUUUUUCAGCGGCGGACCCAAGAAGGCACCGUCUGCGUUGGAUUUUGAUUGAGGCAUCCUUCUUGCAAGGCAAUGAGGAACUCGAAAGGGAUGCUAGUACAGGUAACGAAAAUGCCUUCCCAAGUGAUCUCGUGGACACGAGAGAUGUGUCAGCAAUUAAGGAACGAAUCCCAAGUAGCAUGGAAAAUAGAAAUAAUUCGAAGAAAGAGGGAAAGAGAUCCCUUCAAGAGCCCCUCGCUAACUUCUGCGAAAUCAAGAGGCAGAAGAUAGAGGAUGACAACUUAUGUCCUGGUGAGACAGAUAACGAUGAUAAUGACGAUUCGAUGUCUAAUGAGGAUGAUGAUGAUGAUGAUAUGAUAUAUUUAGGAACUUCAUCUAAUCAGCAAACAUCACAAUAUGACCGCAGGGUUUCUCAUCAUUCUUCCGACUUUGGAGAAAGCAGCUCAAGCAGAAGACGUUCUUUGGAUUCGGCGCACAAUGACCAAGAUUUCUCUCAAGAUGAAAUGUAUCCCUCUGAUUUAGGCGAGACUGGAGAUGAUAGAAUCCAAAACGAUACUGAUACCAUCCUCCUCAAUGAAAGCUGCCCAUCUCAAGACAUGACCCAAGAAGACAAAAGUGAUUAUUCUAAGUAUCUCGAAGGGACAAGUGAUGUCACUAAAGCUAUCGUCGAUCUUUGGAUGAAAUACAAGAAAAUUUCGGGAUCGAGCCUUAAUGUCAGGGAAGAGAUAGCGAAAAGGCUUGCUGAAUUCACUUCUAAUCAGUUAAACGAAAGGGACAAGAGAGGUUACACUCCACUCUUGAAAGCUUGUUCGUUACCUUCUAUGAGCCCCCAUGUGAUGAAGUAUCUUAUGGGUACAAAGAUAGAUGUCACCUGUCAGCUACCAGCUGACUUUGACAGACACCACCCAGCAGGGGAGGGGCUGAUUCCAGGGAUGUCCGCCUUGUCAGUAGCAAUUAAAUGUAGAAAUGUUAGCCUGGUUCAAAUUUUCAAGAAACAAGAAAAAGAAAAAUUGAUAAAAAUUGAAGACGAGGAUGGAAAUACCGCUCUGCAUCAUAGUAUUCUUACCUGUUCUAAAUCUGCCUUUAGGGCACUUUUUCCUUUAUUUGAGCCAAAGGAUGGGAGAGAAAUGCUCAACAAAAAGGGAAAGAGCCCUUUAGAAAUUGCUCUAGAGAUGGAAUCGAGUGGAAUGUCUAAAGGAAAGCAAGAAGAUAACAUCCGAUUCAUGAUUAAAGAAAUGAACAAGAAUAAAAAUGGGAACCUCGUAAAAUAUCUCAGUCCGAGAUCAAAAAUUGCAUCAACUGCUUAUGGACCUCGUUAGAAAUCUUGUAAGCAAACGGAGAAGUGAUAUGAGCCCUCAGUGUUCUGUGUCUGCCAUCAUCAAGUAAACAAGUAAAGCGACAUACAGUUAUUAAGAUGUCACAUGCACCCUCAGUGUUGUCCACAUGCACCUGGCUAACAAAGUAAGAUACGAUUCUACAGAGAUGUGUAGUAUAUAGUGCUUAUUUACAUCCGCCAUUGACAGUCGACAUAAUAAUUUGUCGUGGUUUUCCUCCUGCAAAGUCCUAAACUAUUACGCGUAUUUCUCACAACCAAUCAGCAAAGAUCCGCAUCAAGAGACAAAACAAGGACAGAGGAAUCGUAAGUGAAAACACAUUCUGGAACCAGAUUUGAUUUGCGAAGAGAGACAUUGUUUCGUCUUUGUAAUAGACAACCACUGGACAUUUUUAAACGUAGAUGAAUUCAUGUUACAAUUGUGUAAGUAAUACGGAUAGAAGACAGUCUUCGUCUAGCCAUAGAAACAUAUUUAUCUAUGAGGAAUGAUAGGGCUGAGACGAACAUGCGACUUAGUGCAAUUCAUAUUUAGCAUAGAAGCGAUAUUAAAAUAUUGAUAUUUAAGUAAGGUUUCACUACGAGGGUUUUUAAUAUCUUUUAGUGAUAAAAAGACGCCUCCUUCAAGUAGCGUAGUGAAAACAAAAACCUUAAGAAAAUGACGUGUUUUUUGUCGGUACAAAGAUACAAGUUAAAGUUAGGGUUGCCUUCAGCAUUUGCCUCGAAACUAAAAACGCGCCUUCAAAAGAUUUUUUUAAAACCUGAUUAGGUGAUGUACUGCUAGAAAAAUAAGAACCGAAAAAGCAGACUAUUUAAACGAAAAACUAGAAGGAACUGAUAGUACAACUAAUCGUUUGUGGUAAGUAAGUUUAAAAAUAGGUGAUUUUAUCGUAAGACUGUUUCAACCAUCGGAAUGAGAGUUUUCGGGUUUUCACAUAAUUAUGAUUUUUACGAUGGAAGCAUACCAAGCUGUAAAAAUCUCAUGUACCUCUGUUUGAACUACGCCGUAUGGGAAUCUUACGAUCCUUAGAGUAGCAAGAAAAUAAGCAAAAAUUUAGAAACCCUAGGCUAUAUACAGCUAUAAGUUUAGUCAUCUCAUAUAUAUAUAUGGUAUUUGCCGGCUGGGAGGUCCGUAUGGUGAAAAACUGUGACCGAGAUCACAGAUUUCACCACUCUUGCUUCGAAAUUCGAAAGGUAACAGUUAGUUUUAGCUAAUUAAAGCACACGUAGAUCUAUAAUAGUGCACACUGUUGGCUUGUUAUUACACUUUCUUACCAGAUUAGCUCGCCAUAAAUGCGUAUUUGUUAAGGGUUCUGAGCGUUUGCAGGCGGUAAUAAGUGCUCUUCCGGUUACCGUCUGAUAAGGAGAACCCUGAGUGUCUACGACUCAUGAGUCCAAAACAGCACUUUUUUCAAUACCAAGAAGUUACGUUAUCAUUAUUACAUACUUUAAAAGCUUUUAAUGUCUUAUAGAGUUUCACUGAUGGUUAAGCAUUUUUCAAAACAUAAAAGCUGUCAGAAGUUGUCAUUAAAGUGAAAAAAAUGAUUGA